UUAUGAACGACUAAUGAUCCCGCUUGCAAAUUAUUUAGCAAAAUAUUGCGGGUGUGAUGUAUUUUUACGCGGAGUUGCUCUUAUUUGUUAGUUACAGUAGUGAAGUGCUGUGGCUGAGAUGGAGUGGUCGGUAUUAAUUGUGCCGGGGAUUCUUUUGGCGGCCCUGAUGGCACGCUUGCUAAUUUACCGCUGGAGAAAUCGACGGGUACUCAAAUUCAUGGCCUCCAUCCCUGGACCCACUUGUAUUCCAUUCUUCGGCAACGCAUACCUCACCCUCCGAGUCAAUAACACAGGUAUUCAUCAAACUCUUCGCCAGCUUUCGAAAGAGUACCCAAGGGCAGUCGCAAUUUGGGUUCUUGGUGAACCCUACCUCCUAACAGCUGAUCGCCAAGUUUUUAACGCGCUUUCUUUGUGUUCGCAAAAUAUAAACAAAACGAGUGAUUACGAUCCUUUCAAAUUCCACUGUACGGCAAUCUUCACUGCCAACGGGUCGGAGUGGCGGAAAAUUCGACGGAUUAUCAAUCCAAGCUUCCGGACGAAAGUUCUGAUGUCGUUCGGGCCCGCCUUCAGUUGCCACACGAAGACUUUGCUGCAGCGCCUGCAAUCACACGCCGAUACCGGUUGCUACUUCGACAUACUCACACCGGUCCACUCGUGCACAAUUGAUAUGAUCUGUGAAAACAUGAUGGGGUGUUCAAUGAACAUUCAAAAUAGGAACUUGGUGAGUCUUUCAACGAAUUUGGAAAGAUCUACGGAGAUGUGUUUUGAAAAGUCGUUCAGUUUUAUGUGGUGGUCCGACACGAUUUACUCCCUCUUCGGAAAGAAGAAGCGCUUACUUGAGGCUGUCAAGGGUAUGCGAGAUCUUGCGCAUCAGAUGUUACAGCAAAAAUUAGAAUCGGAAAAUAUUACGAAGUUGAGCACACUACCAUUGGAUUCAUGCAGUGGGUUGGAGGAUGUCGAGAAAGAGAGUCUCUCUACUUUCAUGGACUUGCUGUUAGACAACAUAAAAUUAGGCGCUAUAACAAAAGACCAGGCUGUUGAAGAAAUAGUCGAAAUGUUCAUAGCCGGUUCGAUUACGACAGCAACAACGGUUGCAUGGAUGACGAAAAUCCUUGCCACGCGACCGGACAUCCAGGCCCAACUCCACGAGGAGAUUCACAGGGUCCAAAAGAUGACAGAGACUGAUACAAAUCAAGAGGAUCUUAUCACUUUGGGACAGCUAUCUCAGUUCCAGUAUUUGGAUAUGGUCGUCAAAGAAACUCUCCGCCACGUCACUGUUCCUUUUGUCCUUCGGCAUCUUAGCCAGGAUCUCACUCUUGAAGAUGGAAGAGUCCUACCAGCUGGUUUGCGUGUGAUGCUGAAUACUUUCAGCUUGCAUCAUGAUCCAGAGUAUUGGGAACAACCUAGCGAGUUCUACCCAUCGCACUUUUCGCCCGAGAAAGAGACCGCUCGCCCGAAAGGCGUUUUUCUCCCAUUCAUGUGCGGACCGCGGAUUUGUCCAGGAAAUAAAUACGCCACGCAGUCGAUAAAAUUGCUGAUGGCCAGCAUGAUUAAAAAAUAUGAAUUCUUCACCGAGGAGAAACCCUGCCAGGAUUUUCUGGAGGAAGAGUAUCGCAUCAUGUUCAUGCUGUGGCCUACAUCAGGAUUCAAUGUCCAGAUAAAGAAUCGCUCUAAGACUGUCAGAAUCGCACAAAAUGGCUGAACUUCAUUCCUAAAUUAUUGUGUUAAGUCACUUCAUUCCUAACUUAUUGUGUUAAGUCACUUCAUUCCUAAAUUAUUGUGUUAGUGUUAAGUCAUAAUUUUAAAGAUACCAACACAUCAUCUAGGAUAUGAUAUGGAUGUGAGGAAAAUUUUUGUCAAAUAUUGACCGAAAAUGAAAGAUGGUUUUACAUCUAAUGCGGAAGCAAAAGAGCUGGAAAUUUUCAGCUGCAACAUAAUGCAGGUAGGUAUUGUGCAGGCACAAAGAAGGAAUAUUAAUUUGAUGAAAUUCCCUUCUAUGCUGUGUUUUAUGAAAUUUGACUUCAAAGAGAAAAUUCAAAACAA